UGUUUCCCGAGCUCUGGAGACAGGAUUUAUGCAUCUAAUAACGUCUAUAACUCCAGGCUUAGGGGCUGGGGGCCGGAGGCUGAGAGCAGGAUGUCCCGAGGGGGCCAUGGGAGGGGAUCCCAGGUGGCUCUUAAUGGAGCGGUGCAUUUCCAUUGCCUGCUCUAGACUCCCCCUCAGGCUGCUGGGGGUGGGGGCAGCAGGUAUAAGAAGCCGGUGGCUGUGGAAGGCGAGUGGCAGCAUGGAUUCUGGGCGGGCAGCUGUGCUGCUGGUGGUGCUGCUGUUAGCGGACUGGGGUCUUGCCAAAGGACCAGGGGGCCAGGAUGAAGAUCAGAUCUUCAUGGAGGAAGACAAUGGACCCCGCCCACCUCAGGACGCCCAGACCCCUGGGUCCCUCUUGCGCUCCCUGCUGCAGGCCCUGGAGAGACCUGGCCGGAGCCCAGCCUUCCUGUUUCAGCCCCAGAGGUUUGGUAGAAACACCCGGAGGGCCUGGAGCAAUGAACGGCUGAGUUCCCGGGCUGGAGAGGGGCUGAGCUCCCAGUUCUGGAGCCUGGCUGCCCCUCAGCGCUUUGGGAAGAAGUGACAUGUCAUCCCUGAUGUGUGUGCAUGCAAGGCUUAUAUCCAGAAGUGCCCUAUGUCCCUCAAAAUAAAGUGGCUGCCUUCUAAA